AUGGUGCACAUCAAAGAGUUCGCCUGGAUGGACGACCAUGAGACAUGGGCGACUCAUAAUCUCGCUGAGACCUGCUGUGCCUCCAUCUCACUCGACGAUCUUCUGGCCUUCGCGGGGAACAAGGAUAGUGCCAACCUUAUUAACUUCACCCAGAAGCAAACCUAUGGGGCAAUAUGGGGCACUGAUGCGUUGCGCUCGAACAUCGCCAACCUGUAUCGCGACGCCUAA